AUGCCUACCAAGUUCAAACUUAACACUGGCGCAGAAAUCCCGGCCCUUGGAUUCGGGACAUGGCAAGAUGAGCAAGCCCAGGAAGACGCCGUAACCGAGGCGCUUAAAGCCGGCUAUCGGCACAUCGACACUGCACGAGUAUAUCUCACUGAGAAAGCGGUCGGUAAAGCAAUCAAGAAGAGUGGCAUCCCUCGUGAAGAACUCUUCAUCACGACCAAGCUAUGGAACAACAAGCACCAUCCGGACGAUGUAGCGCCCGCAUUGCAGCAAUCCCUUGAUGAUCUGGAAUUGGAAUUUGUCGACCUGUAUCUGAUCCAUUGGCCUGUCGCUUGGAAACGCGGAGAAGAACUCUUUCCCAAGAAGAACGGGAAUAUGCUCCUGGAGGAUAUCGAUAUCGUCGACACAUACAAGGCCAUGGAGAAGCUGCUGAGCACCGGAAAAGUCAAAGCCAUCGGUGUCUCAAACUUUUCCAAAGCCGAGAUGGAACGACUUCUACAGAACACGUCCGUCGUCCCGGCAGUUCACCAGAUGGAGUGUCACCCCUGGCUCCAGCAACGGGAAUUCACUGCAUGGCACCGUGCGAAAGGUAUUCAUGUCACACACUACUCGCCUUUGGGGAAUCAGAAUCAGCUUUACGGUGAGAAGGGCUCGAUUGGAAAGUUGAUCGACGAGCCUAUUCUCGCUGAAAUCGGCAAGCAAUACGAAAAGAGCGCAGCUCAAGUCACCCUAGCGUGGGGUGUGACUCAGGGUCAUUCAGUUCUUCCAAAGUCGAAAACGCCCUCGCGAAUUCAGUCUAAUCUCAAGGGCGACUUCAGAUUAGGACCCCAUGAUAUGGAGAAAAUCCAGUACAUUAACAAGAAGCUUCGUUUUAACGACAGCAGUGCGGAGUUCGGGCGAGAUUUCUUUACUGAUCUAGAGGGCAAAUAA